UGACGACACGUGACGACUGGCGAGGUCCUUAAUGAAUCAAACACCAUAUAAAGAGAGCUAACAAUAGGAUAACCAUCCUCUCUUCUCUCCGACUUUCCAUAUUUUCUUUUCUUUUUUCAAUUUUCUAUUUAGAGACAAAAUAAAGAAAACAAAGACUAUUUCUACGAAGUAAACUCAUCUUGUUUUGAUUGUGAUUUCUAGUUACUAAUGCAUCAGACAUGAAGACCAUUCCAUUGAUAUUCAUCGCCACCAUCAUAAUCUUGACAUCAUUUCCAGCUGAUAUCAAAUUCGUCGGUGCCAAAAAAGAGCUACCAUUUUGCGAUGUGGAGCUUCUACCUUGCGUCCUACCUUUUCAAGUUCGCGGUCACGGAAGCAAACAACUGCCUAAUGGCUGUUGUGAGAAAAUGAAAAAGUCAACAUCAUGUAUGUGUAGAUUCCUAGCGGCCAAGGAUCGUAACCUGAACGCAGCUGCUCAUAGAAUAUUCUGGUUUUGCCAAAUUUCCGUCCCUAAUUGUCAAAAAAUCUAGAGAUAUAGGUUAUGGUUUUGUUCUUUAAUUCCGACAAGUUUCCGAGCAGUUUCCGAUGACAUUGGAUUGUCGGAAUUUUCCAUGGUUUCCGACAAAUAUUUCCGACGAAAUUCCGACGAAUUUUUAAUCGUCGGAAAAGUUUUUAUGUUUCCGACGAAUUUCCGACGAAAUAUUAUUUUCUUGGAAGUUUGUCGGAAAUUCCCCGGAAAUCCGUCGGAAUAAUUCUGACUAAAAAUUUCGUCGGAAAUGUUCGUCGGAAAUUGCUAUGUUUUCUUGUAGUGGUAAUGUUCCUCGGGUAUAUUUAAGGGGCAAAUUAUUAUUAUUUACUUUAUCCACCUUUGUAACUAACACAGAAACAUGAUGAAUUUGUGAAAAGAAUAAGUGCCCAAAUUCGAGCUAAAGGAUAAAGUAUAUUUUUCGACGAAACAUAAAAAUAAUAAAUUAUCGACUCCUCAUAUAUUCUUCGACCAUUAAAAUUUGUUCGAGAUUUCUUUCAAAACGCAAAAUAAUUGACUAGAUUGAGAAAUCAAACUUCACAACAAAUGCAAUUUUUUUUACUAAAAUGUUGUUAAAAUUGGGACACGUAUUAGUAUGCUUAUGUCACUUGUGAACAAUGUCCGUUUUUCGUUUUUUUUUUUCUUUGUGGUAAACUAGGAAGUUCCGACCGAAACAUAUACAUCUUCCUAGGUCUGUACUAGCCUUUAAUAUUUUUACUUGUUCCAGCUGCCACCUUUCCAGUCGAGUUAUCGAUCUCUGCUAGUAAUGUAUGUUUCUAAAUUGGCAAGUGAAAACGUCGUGUACAAGUUCGAUCUACAUCACACGUCGUUCUUCGUCAACGCCGGUGAAAAAAAGCAUAAAACACGUCAAAAAGACAAAACCACCUUUGUCUUCUUGCUUUCUUCUCCCUCAACCCACGACGGUCAAUUCAAGACCAAUCUCAAAACCAUCAUGACGACAAGGAUUAGACUUCUCUUCUUUGAUUUCCUUCUCUUUGCCUCACUUUUUCUUAAAGGCAGUGUUCUAAAAUACGGUC